AAAGUCGGGAAGCGAAGCGAGCGUGCGUCGCCCUUUUUCCGAUUUCUGGGCCUCUGCGACUGCAAUUUCCUCGAUCCAAUUCGAAGAGACCCUUUUCGCCUUGCGUAUUUGCGACUUCAAUUUCGGAUUUAAUUUUCUGUCUUAUUGAACAUCCUUGGUGAUGUCAUCUAGGCGCAAUGUUCGUUACAGCCCUCUUGCUACAGAUGAUGAUGAUGAUGAUGUUUAUGGAAGACCCAAUGACCCUCGGUUUGACUAUACGCCAAAGUCCUUUGAUAAAAUCCCAUGGAAAUCCAUAGUUCUUGCUCUUUUCUUGCUUUCUCUUGGAUCUUUGCUUCUGUUUCUUUCAUACUUCAUUUUCACCGGUCACAUGGGAGGGGAGCUGACUCAAGCCUAUGGCCUUUUGGCGCUCGGAAUCCUCACCUUCCUCCCUGGCUUUUACGAGACACGAAUUGCAUAUUAUGCAUGGAGAGGUGCAAACGGAUACCGUUUUGCCUCCAUUCCGGACUACUAGAGGGCUUUUGCCUCCAAAUUUCCAAAUAAUGCUUGCGGCGACGGACACGGUGAUGUAAAAUCCACGUUGUAUAGAACACAUGAACGGUCCAUAUGUAACUUCUGUUCCAUUUAUUUGUUGUUAAAUGACUUCUUGCUAUUGAAGCAGCACACGCAUACACAGUUCAUCGCAGUUGGUAUUUUCUCCGGCUCGUAGGUUUUAAGACUGUUUAUCCAGCAGAAGUUUGUGUU